GCUUCCUGUGUUGCCAAACGCGCUUCCUGUAUUCCCAAACGCGCUUCCUGUGUUGCCAAACGCGCUUCCUGUAUUCCCAAACGCGCUACUAGCGUUGCCGAAAGCGCUUCCUGUGUUGCCAAACGCGCUUCCUGUAUUCCCAAACGCGCUUCCUGUGUUGCCAAACGCGCUUCCUGUAUUCCCAAACGCGCUUCCUGUGUUGCCAAACGCGCUUCCUGUGUUCCCAAACGCGCUUCCUGUGUUGCCAAACGCGCUUCCUGUAUUCCCAAACGCGCUUCCUGUGUUCCCGAAAGCGCUUCCUGUGUUGCCAAACGCGCUUCCUGU